CAAUAAAACAUUGUCUCCCAGACAUUGAUGACAGUGACGUUAAUCAAAGUUUCUACAGAUUUCUCUUGAUUCUUCGUGUUUUGGGGGGUGUUUUGUCCGAUUACACCUCAUUUGGGUUCAAGCUCGCCAGUGUUUUCCCCUUGUGAAUAACAGGGUUGAUUUAUGUGGGCGGACUGCAAGCAGCGUGUCUAGUAAAUCCGUUGAUAAUGAUGGCCGAAUCGGACACAACCUCAGAAGCCAUCAAAAGGCUGAACGUUAAAAAACAAACUCUGGAUGAUGCUUACGCGGCCCCUGCUAAUUUUCUGGAAAUCGACGUCGUUAAUCCGGUUACCACCAUUGGGGUGGGCAAAAAACGUUUCACUGACUAUGAGGUGAAAAUGAAGACCAAUUUGCCGGUGUUUAAAGUGAAGGAAUCGAGUGUUCGAAGAAGAUAUAGCGAUUUUGAGUGGCUGAGGAACGAGCUGGAGCGAGACAGUAAAAUUGUAGUCCCCUCAUUGCCAGGGAAAGCGUGGAAAAGGCAGCUGCCAUUUAGGGGCGACGAUGGAAUAUUUGAAGAAGGAUUUAUUGAAGAUCGAAGGAAAGGAUUAGAAGUUUUUAUUAAUAAAAUUGCUGGACAUCCGCUUGCCCAAAACGAAAGAUGCCUACACAUGUUCUUGCAAGAGCCAGCCAUCGACAAAAACUACGUCCCAGGCAAAAUUCGCAAUACAUAAUUUUUAGGAUAUUAAAAUGUUGAUUUCUACUCCAAUUACAUGUUGUGUGAAUAGUUGUUAUCUCCAAUCCACAGUUAUUUUACGCAUUGUAAUUCGGCACUUUAUAAUACAAUAUUCCGAUAUGAGUUAAUUCCAUUCUAUAACGCGAUGCAAACUGUACGUAUAUAUGUUUUAAGUGAUUGAUAUUGGAUCUGUAUAGUUUAUUCCGAACAAAAUUAUUUUCCGAUGUAAGAGUAAAAUAUUCAAAAUAUAUUAGUAUGCUUUAAUACGGUUUGUAUGUAUAGUGUUAUGAUUUAUGUUAUACUGAAGCGAAUUGUGUACUACUUACUCAAAAAUAAAUUUAUAUGCUCA